AUACUCAUCUUAAAUAUGAAAAUAAUAAAAAAUUAUGUUCAGAGUCAUUUCCUUACAUUCCUUCUCAAAAGAAUCUCACCCUUUUGAUGGGAAAAGUUCUCUUCAGUUUUUACAAUGUAACAUUGAGAAUCCAAAUGGUUUAAUUCUGAUGCAACAUCCUCAAUGAUGGGUUUGCAUCAUCCAGUAGGGCCAGAACUUCCUUGCAGCUCUCAACUGUUGUAUCUGCUUUAUGUUCUGCAACAUCAUAAUUUCAUUUCCCUGUCCAACAGUAUGUCCUACGCCAACAUAAAGCUCAUACAAGAGAUUUUAUGGUGGGGAUGGAUGUUAAUUGGUUAUUAUGUUGUCUAUCUACUGUCUCUGUAUCUUAAUAUAAUACAAAACUCAAUGUAGAUGUAUAUGGACAUUUUGUGCAUGGAACUCUUGAAGUGUAUUUCGUUGAAUUUAUUAUUUUUAUCUUAUUUCAGUUGACUGACUUUGUUUUCCUCUUUUACAUAUGGGAAUUCUGAAAUGCAGUGGCUGCUAUUGCAAUGGGUAAGAGGAAAAUUCCGAUUGAAAAGAUUGAUGACAAGAAAAAGGUGAAUGUGACCUUUUCAAAGAGGCGUAAGGGUCUUUUUGGCAAAGCUUUGAACACCAGUGGCCUUUGCAAUGCCAAGAUUGCCAUGGUUGUUUUCUCCCCUGCAGGAAACCCUUACACUUUCGUCACCCCGACCUCCUCUGUUGAUGAUGUUAUUGAUCAAUACCUCAAUAACAUACCCUUCAAAGAAAUCACGGAGGUUGAAUGGGAAGGAAAAAAGGACAGGGAACAGUUGAAUCAAUGUUCUUGUGAGGGAAAGAAGGUGGGUUUCUGGUGGGAUUUGGUUGAUGUUGAUAAAUACAGAUCUUUGGAGGAGUUGCAGAUUUUGAGAAGCUCUUUGGAGAGUCUGAGGGAAAGUGUAUGCCAGAAGUUGGAUAAUGCUCAUGCUGAACAGUUGCUAGGAGUUGAGGAUGUGAACAGGGAUGUUGCAGCCUCUGAUUUUGGCUUGUCAUCUUGUCCUUUGUAUUCUACUGAUGAGAGCAAGGAUGAUGCAGCCUCUGAUUUUGUUACUGACCUAUCAUCUUGUCUUUUGUCUUCUGCUGAUGAGGAUGUUGGUACUGUUUUGGCCACUGUUGAUGAUGAAAGCUGUGUUGACUGGAUAGUUUCAGAUGACAGUGAGGGUCUCUUUGAUCAUAUUUUUUAUGAUAAUAGUGAUAGUGCCACAAUUUCUAACUUCAUCAGUGAUAAAGCUACUUAUCCUAUGUCUGGUGCUGAUGAAGAUGAUUGGAUAGCUGCGGAUGACAGUGAAGCUUUCUUUGAUCAUCUUUUUGAUGAUAAUAGUGCUGGUGCCACAAAUUCUGCCUUCAUCAGUGGUAAAACUGCUUAUCCUAUGUCUGAUGCUGAUGAAGAUGAUUGUAUAGUUGCAGAUGACAGUGCAGAUUUCUUUGAUCAUCUUUUUGAUGAUAAUAGUGCUGGUGCCAUAACUUUUGACUUCAUCGGUGAUGAAGCUACUUAUCCUAUGUCUGGUGUUGAUGGAGAUGCUAUCAAGGGUCUUUCCACCAAUGAUGAUAAAAGCUACGGCAAUGAGACAGUUCAAGACAACAGUUCAUAUUUCUUUGAGAAGAUUUUGUCCUUUUGGUCCUAGCUUUUGCAAUUAUUAGACCCAACUUUAUUAUCUGGUUUAAGAUUCUUCUUUUGGAAGGGGCUUUUGAUUAUUUGGUUACUAGUUUGUUUUUUCUUGAAUGGUUGCAUUUCCAGCCAUGCUCUGCCAUUCUGCCACCCAAUUGGGUAUAUAUGUAUCUAGACUAGUUUUGAUACCUCUCUUUACAAGCUUCUACCUUGUUUCAAGUUGCAAUGUGGUCUUGUCUAUAGUACCCCACAAAAUAGAUUGAUGAGGGAGAGAAAGGAAAUGUGUUUCACAGGGAAAUGUUUUAAGUGUAUGCCUUGGGUGUUCCUGGCUUGGGAAUUAGCAAUACCAUUUAUUCUCUAAAUUUUUUUCUCUCCUCUUAUCUACCCUUGUAGAAGUUUUGUUUUCAUUUUUCUGUGAUUGGAGAGAAAAGAAAGAGAUAUUGAUGUACAAAGAUAUGUAAAUUCACGGCUUUUAGCCAUUGUUUAGUGCUUAAUGAGAAAUUUAAUGUUUCUUUUA